AUUGCUCGUUUCUUACGAUCAGAAAGUCAGUGUUGGAAUCCUGUAGUUAGAAAAUCCCAGUAAAAUGGAGGAAAAGAAAAAAGAUUCCUAAUCUGCUGUAUAUAUUUUACUUUUUGAACAAAGUUUUUUUUUUCUUUCAUGAGGUAAGACGAUUAUCUUUCGAUGAGAUGCUCGACCUCACACGCUCAUUUAAAGUGAAUUUCUCCCGGACAAGGCAUGAGCAGUAUGGACCACUAUCACAGGAUCUCUUUCAUGCCCUGUAGAUAAUAUCAUAACGUAAGACCUCAAAGUUUCGGACGUUGAAAUUGUAUCAGGACGUUCCCUGUUGUCUCAUGCAACCCUGGUGUAAAAAAUUCAUUGGUCAUGCCGUUUUUUAAUCCAUCAGAACUCAUCAGCAAUUAUUUCAUUAAUGUAACCCUUAUCUUAUUCACUGUAGCUUUAUCCAGUGAAACAAACCUAACCCUUACCGUGGAAGGUGGGGUCUUUUGUCCGAGCAAAUGUAUCUGCGUAAAACCUGCGAAACUCCUAAUAGUUGACUGCUCCAACUUAAAGUUACCUUCACUUCCGCUGAUCACAAAUCCGGAUGUUAUUACACUGGAUCUGAGCUCCAACUACAUUAGUGAACUACCAAACUUUGCAUUUCGUCAUCUUCCACUUUUAGAAGACCUAAACUUGCAAAGUAACAUCCUGAAAUAUCUCCCGUCAAACGUCUUCAACGGUCUUUUCCAUCUCAAGGUUUUAUCUCUGCAAAACAAUAAAUUUGAGAAAGUACCAGAGGAAGCGUUACGUGAGGUUCCAAGUUUAGAAAUACUAUACAGUAAUGGUAAUAAAAUCUUACAUAUUCCUGAGGGGAGUCUGUCAAAUUUAAAAAAUUUGCAGAGGUUAUGGUUAGACGGAAACCUCCUGACGGAAAUUCCAGUGGCAGCACUAGCGAAAGUACCACAGUUGCAAGCUUUAAAUCUAGCUGCCAACAAAAUUCAAACAGUUCCAAAUUAUGCAUUUGAAAACCUGACAGACCUUGUUGUCCUGAUACUUCAAAAGAACGACAUCAAUGUUAUUGAAGAAAAAGCUUUCCAGGGUCUUUACUCCCUUAAGGUUCUGGAAAUAAAUAGCAACAAAUUGGAAAAGCUUCCUGUAGCCAUAAAAAGUCUUCCUCGUCUACGAGAAUUAACGUUUGCAGACAACAAGAUAUCCUACCUUCCAGAAGAAUCCUUUAAACACAAUCCACAGCUGACACUGCUGGAGAUGGGCCAAAACCCUAUUGUGGAUGUUGAACGAUGCGCUUUCAGCAACCUACCAGACUUGAAAGAAUUGAUUCUCAGAGAAGCCCAAAAACUCAAAGAAUUUCCUGACCUAGCUGGUACAACUGCACUGGAACAUCUUCGUUUAGAUAGGAGCUUACUAGAUUUCGUACCUCACAAGUUUUGUGCUCAGACACCACACCUGAAAAGCCUGAUUCUGAAAUCCAAUCGACUCUCUAAACUUCCAGUGCUUCUAAACUGUACUGAACUUCGACUUAUUGAUCUUAGCUACAAUAAUAUUGUGAACCUGAGGGAAUCUGCAUUCAGAGGCCAGAAGAAAUUAAUCGAUCUCUUCCUUGGUGAUAAUCUUAUUGAGCGCAUCACUAAGAAUGCAUUUGUUGGGUUGGACAAUCUUCAUGUAUUGGACUUGAAGAACAAUCGAAUCACACACAUUGAUCGUGAUGCUUUUUUGCCGGUGUCAAAGCUGCGAGAUCUAAAUCUAGGAAAUAACCACUUUUCCACACUUCCAACCAAAGGCUUACACAAUUUGCGUCAACUGAAAACUUUCAACAAUCCGAACCUCAAGGACUUUCCUUCUCCAGAUUCCUUUCCUUGGAUCCACACUCUUGCUCUAUCGUAUUCUUACCAUUGCUGUGUUUUUUUGGCUAAAGUUCACAAGACCACUCCAAGUCCCGCUUCUCUACAAGAGACUAUUGUGUGGCUAUCCAAGGACGAAGUAGACAUGAGUAUCUGGAAUAUUAAUAUUACUGAUGUUUGGCCAGACUACAACAAUUUAUCGUCAAAGUUUGAAGAGUUUGCUGAUGAACUGUGGAAGACCGGGGGUCGAGAUUACAGUGUCCCUAACAACAUAGCUCAGUACGCAGAAGAAUACUUUGAAGAUUACAAAUCUGUGUAUAACAGUGAAGAGUCUGUACUAUCUAAUUAUCCAAUCCAGUGUAUACCUAAACCAGAUCCGUUUAUGCCGUGUGAAGACCUAUUUGACUGGUGGACAUUACGUUGCGGUGUCUGGAUUGUAUUUCUACUAGCUAUGCUCGGAAAUGGUGUCGUUGUUAUUGUUCUUCUCUUUGGCCGUAGCAAAAUGGAUGUUCCUAGGUUCCUGGUUUGCAACCUGGCAAUAGCUGACUUUUUCAUGGGUGUUUAUCUUGGAGUUCUAGCUGUUGUAGAUGCUUCUACUCUUGGUGAAUUCCGGGUGUAUGCUAUAGCCUGGCAGACAUCACUAGGCUGCCAAAUAGCUGGUUUUCUCGGAGUGUUGAGCACUGAACUAUCAGUAUACACCUUGUCAGUGAUCACGCUGGAACGGAACUACGCAAUCACACAUACCAUGCACUUGAACAAACGACUUUCCCUCAAACAUGCUGGCUACAUCAUGAUCUGCGGAUGGAUAUUUGCUCUGAUCAUGGCUUUGUUGCCUUUAUUUGGAGUGAGUGAUUACAGAAAAUUUGCCGUCUGUCUUCCUUUUGACACUGAACCAAUGGUAUCCUUGGGUUACGUUGUAUUUCUAAUCCUUAUCAACGGUGUGGCUUUUCUUAUCUUGAUGGGCUGCUACUUGAAGAUGUACUGCGCUAUCAGAGGAUCCCAAGCUUGGAAUUCUAAUGAUUCACGGAUUGCCAAACGAAUGGCUCUUCUCGUCUUCACCGAUUUUAUCUGUUGGUCUCCAAUAGCAUUCUUCUCUCUAACAGCUGUCUCUGGACUGAACCUCAUUUCUCUAGAGGAAGCUAAAGUUUUUACUGUAUUUGUUCUACCUCUCAACAGCUGUGCCAAUCCAUUUCUUUACGCUAUCUUUACUAAACAGUUUAAGAAAGACUGUGUGUUGAUCUGUAAACGAAUAGAAGAAUCUCGAGUAACUCGUGGGAUUGGUCGGUGUCGCCACAGCUCCAAUUUCUCUAAUAGACUCACACCAGCUAACACAAAUUCUGCUGUUGAGAGGAAAAGUGCUGGAAGUGAUCUUCCACCUUGUUAUUGUGGUGCACAUAAAGUUACUGACGGAGCCAGAUUGCUAGAGAGGAGAAACCAGUGGAAGAGACUGGCUGUAAGGUAUUUUAUGUGCCACGAUCAGGCUGAAGAGUCAGAAAGUAACGACUACACUUACGCUAUAGCACAGAUUCAGAAAAAAAUACAAUAUGGAACAAAGCGAGCGUCAAGUAUAUCCAGUGAAAACUUUUCUUCCCGUUCAGAUAGUUGGAGACAAGGCAAUAUCCCAUUACGUUUAUUGGAACGAGGAGGACAUCCAAACAUAACUCGAAAACUUUCCCAGGAUUCUAACAUGUCCUGUAGUCGUCAGGACUCCACUUCUACCUCCACGUUUCGCAUGUCUCGCUCUAGCGUAAGUAGUGAUUCCUCAAAUCCUCGACCAAUGCUCUCCACCUUACGAGAACGUCCGAGUCCCACGGAGAUGGGUCAACCAGGCCGAUACUUAGUGAGUGUGCGAGAAAAACCACCCAUCAAUGGAGAGCCGUCAACUCGUCUAAUGCGGGGAACGGUUAACAUUUCUCGAGAGAAACCUCGACUUUGCCGCCAAAUAGCUAUAGAUGAAACCUGUAAUCAGCGGCAAACAGCCAAAGGGUUUGACUUGAGAGGCAUUCAUAAAUCUACUCCAUUUUCUACAUUACGACAAGACGUCCUGUGUCCCAGCUGUUCUAGGAAAGACAGAAGUCCACCUUUAACCUUCAAAAGUAAAGAACUUGAGGAGAAGUUUAAUUGCUUUUAUAACAGACUAGCAGAAACUAGCCAUGAAGACAGUAGUGAAAUUUCUACUUAUAAAGAUGAUCAUGCCAUUGUGUCUAGUGAUCAAUCCACAGGAGAUCAAAAGGUAGACUCGUCAAAUACCAAUGAUACGUCCGUUCCUGAUUCGUCUACUCAUGACGAGCAAAGCAACAACGUCACGGUCCAACCACAAAUUGCUAUCAAUCAGAACUUAACAAAUGAUAAAGACCAGGCUAAUGAAGGAGGUGGUGUGUAUCAGUGGUUGCAAGAAAAUUGUAGCAAAAACUUGCGACAAAGGCAGGGAAAGCUUCAUGUAAGCACUGACAGCGUCUAUGAUCCAUUCCACCUAAAUGUUAGUACAGACAACGUUUACAACAACAAAUCUCAAAGUAUGACUAGUAUUCGAUUGAACAAUAACUUGUCUCCCAGUCGGAAAGUUGCAUCUGAUAACUCCCUGAAAAAACUAUCAUUGAAAAGUCUUCCAGCUUUACUGAGGUCUCUGUCCAGCCAAAACACUCGAAAAAUCCAAAAACUAAACACAAAAAGCCAUUGUCAGUUGAGGCCAAGUUCAACCAGUAACUUACCAUGUUCCAACAGUGAAAUUAUAAUACAUCAACAUUCCCCUGGCUAUUCCACUGAAUGGAAAUUAUCAUCCCCGAGGGAACUCCAUCGGGUAGCUCGCAGGCUCAACUGGACGCCUGACGUUUAUGAUGAUUGCAACGAAAUAAAAUGUGAGGCACGUGAUCAGUCUAUCACACAGCAGACCGUAUCUGAAGUCAAAGUGGCAAACUCUAUCUUCCAACCAGAUAACUCAAGGACUCUGGCGGUUAACGAGAAGAUUCUCUUAUCCCAACAUAAAGAGUAGAAUAACAUUGUACUUCACUGCUCUAGGCAGUGAUAAUAUGAAAUUGUGAUAAGUGUGAAAAAUGCUAAAAGGUGUUAUACUUAAAAAAAAUGUAGUGUUAGCAAUUUCUAGCGUUAAGUCGCCACUUCACUCUACAAUAUUAUAUUUAUGAAAUUUGAAAAUGUUCUAUCCUUUCUCAGUGAAAACACAGGAGUUAUUAGUAGUUCGAAUUUCCAGAUUCUAUUCUUCUUUCGUAACCGAAGUAAGAAACCUCAAACUUCUCAUUAAGUAAGAUAGAUGUUAUAGACGGGUUUGUCUGUAAAUAAUUCUCCUAAACGCAAGCAUUGCUAUAUUGGCUUAGCUGGAAUUAAGAGCUGAUAAUCUACGAAUAGUAAUAUUCAACUGAUCGUAUUUUUUGCCAGUAAUGUUCAGUGUCAGUUAGCCAUGCUUUUUUAUUUUGGUAGAAAACUGUCGAGGAUUAAUGCCUAAGUAUGUACACGAAUUUAUAGAUUUGUUUACACAUGAAAUACACCUUGUAGUAUUGGGAUAAACUGGCUAGUAGGGUGGCGAAUAGCAUUUUUUAUACUCAAUACUGGAACAACGAGGUUGAAUAAGAGUAAGGACAUAAAUCAUAUAAAGAUGGAAGACACAACAGUAAUGAAAAGUAUAGUUUAAAAAUAAAAAUAGGAAAUAUUAAAAGUUAAAGUUAUGGGAUAAUGAUUGAGAUUAGUUUUCAAGUUUGAUCACAUUUUAAGCCGCUGCCUUACCACCUCUAGAGGAUGGUAAGAUUCGGGGUGGAUAUCCAAAAUACGUGUUUUAUCCCUUUGUUUUUUUUCUUACUUGUAACCUAGACUAUAACCUAGUGAGGUUCGUACUAAUGUAAUAAGAUAAGAAAUAUACUAUCUUUGAAUUACACUUUAUAGUGUUUCUACAUAAUUCUAAAAGUGUGAUAGUGUUCUACAUGUAUAUAUUUAUAGUAAUGUUACAAAAAAAAUGUUUACUGAUUAAAAUACGAAACUGUUACAUGUCUCGAACAAAACUCUCAUGAGUAAACAAACAGCUGUCUACUCACAAAAAAACAACCUAGAUAGUAAUGUGUGUCUCGUGAGCAAUAAAAAAUUGCCCACAAAAAAUAAUCCAGAUAGUAACGUUUACUUAAUGUUUGUCUCAUGGACAAACAAACAGUUGCCUCCUCACAAAAAACAACAACAACAAAAACAGAUAGUAACAUUUAAUUAAUGUGUAUCUCAUGAGCAAUCAAAAAGUUGUCCCACAAAAAAUAGACAGUAAUAUUUAAUUAAUGUGUGUCUCAUGAGCAAUCAGAAAGUUUCCCACAAAAAACAAUCCAGAUAGUAACGCUUACUUAAAGUUUGUCUCAUUAACAAACAAACAGUUGCCUCCUCACAAAAAACAACAACAACAAAAACAGAUAGUAACAUUUAAUUAAUUUGUGUCUCAUGAGCAAUCAAAAAGUUGUCCCACACAAAAAGAAAACAGUGCAGAUAAUAACAUGUACUUAAUGUCUGUCUCAUGAACAAACAGUUUCCUACCCACAGAAAAACAACCCUGAUAGUAACGUUUACUUAAUAUCUAAGGGGCAGUUUUUGUAUACCUCUGAUUCACUUCAAGGAUAUACAGACAUUAAAAGUUAUUUGUGAAAGAGAUACGGUAAGAAAGAAAUACAAAACGUCAAAAUGAAUUACACAAUUCUGUUGACGCUUGUGAAGAGUUUCUAAAGCUAAUGACUUGAGUACACUAAAACUUCAUAGUAAAAGGCUAAGUUACGUCUACGAAGCAUAUUUCUAUGAACCCAACAGAACUUGUUCUUCCCCUUUGGGCCCGGCAUGGCCAGGUGGUU